CAUGUGUCUUUGUAGGAGAGUGAAAAAGCAAAUGAAAAGAAGAGAGGAGGGGGAGGAGGAAAGAAGCAAUGAGGGAGGGAUCUCAGCUAAAGCUGCAGCGUGGCUGUGUCUGAAUGAAAGGACCUCUCACUCUCACUUUCUUCCGCUGUCUGUCUGUCUGUACCUAUGGCUUCUGAAAACGAGCACGUCCAGACCAAACACAGAGCAGAGACUCUCCGAGUGACUUCAAGCUAGAAGUAAAUAUUUUUCAGAAACUGUGGCUGAGGGUGCAGCAUUUUCGAUUGCUUUUCGUAAGGAGUUUCUGCUGUGACGUGCAGGUGUUUAUGCAGAUAUGACUGAGUAAACUCUUCUCAUCACAGAAAUUUGGGACAUUGGUUGGACAGACCUUCAGGACUGCUCUGCAGUUCUCCUGAAUAAAAUAAUUCACUGGAUCUUGGAUCAGAUUUACUAUAUUUUACCUCAUUUUUGUCUCACACAUCUUGAGGUUAGCCUACCAUGUGAGUGUGUUGUGUGAGUUAGAUUUAACUGGAGCUAUCCAGAGUAUUUUGUAGGUUUCUGGCCAGCUGGCAGGCAGUUGUGAUGGAGGGUCAGUGUGCUUCAUACACACAUUCACACCUCUAGCCAUAAGCACACUGAUGACUGCCUGAAUCUGCAGAGACAAGCACACCAAAUGAAAACAUCAAACAUUCCACUUUAACUUUCAGUUUCAUAUCUGCACUUUAUAGACGUGAUGUAACCUGUACACUCAUUUCCUUUUCUUUCCUUUUCUAAAAUCAAAUACCACAUUCACCUGACUUCAUUUACUACAAUAUUGGGUCAAGAGACAAACUAUCCAGAACUGAGAGAGCGUAUACUUACAGCACGAUGAUACAGACCUGCAAUUUGGUCCCCAGAUGCAUCUUGCAGCACACCUUCUCACCUCACCAGCUUCUCCCCAUCCUGCUGUUGCUCCUCCGUACCUGGUGGGGGAGCUGUCACCCUCAAUGUUUGGAUUACAAGCCUCCAUUUGAGCCCAGGCAGCCAUUGGCCUUCUGCAAGGAGUAUUCCAAGUUUGGGUGCUGUGAUGUGGAAAAAGAUGAGGAGAUAUCUGGCAGGUUUUACACCAUUAUGGAAAACUUUGACCAUUCAGGUUAUGCAGCCUGUGGCAAAUACGUACGCAGCAUCCUCUGCCAGGAGUGUUCUCCAUAUGCUGCCCACCUGUAUGAUGCCGAGGACGCUAACACACCCAUGAGGAUGCUACCUGGACUCUGUGGGGAUUACUGCUCUGACUACUGGCGGCAGUGCCGGUACACGCUCGGCCUCCUGCUUGAGGACGUAGAGAACUCACAGCAGUUUGCAAACCUGACUGCCACAAUUGAAGAAGAUCACAGAAGAUUUUGUGAAUUUCUGGUGUUGAAGGACAAAGAGUAUUGCUAUCCUAGUGUCUUGACAAAUGCAGAGUUAAAUGCUAACCUGGGAUUGCUAAAUGAAGAUCCUGAAGGAUGUUUGGAGCUGUGCUUACAGGAAGUUGCCAAUGGACUCCGUAACCCUGUGGCCAUGAUCCAUGCAGAUGAUGGAACUCAUCGCUUUUUUGUUGCGGAGCAGCUGGGUUAUGUGUGGGUGUACUUGGCAAACGGCUCUAGGAUCGAUCGACCUUUCCUCAACCUGACUAAAGCCGUCCUCACAUCCCCGUGGGCUGGAGACGAGAGGGGAUUCCUCUGCAUAGCCUUGCACCCUAGGUUCACCACUGUCAGAAAAGCCUACGUGUACUACUCUGUGUCUGUUAAGAAGGAGGAACGAAUACGAAUCAGCGAGUUCACAGUAUCAGCACAUGAUGAUAAUCAACUAGACCAUUCUUCUGAGAGAACCAUCCUGGAGGUGGUGGAGCCAGCAUCCAAUCAUAAUGGAGGACAGCUUCUUUUUGGUCACGAUGGGUAUCUGUACAUCUUCAUAGGUGACGGUGGCCGUGCUGGAGAUCCUUUUGGAAAGUUUGGCAAUUCACAAAACAAGUCAACACUUCUCGGCAAGGUGCUGCGUGUUGACGUUGACUUCAACGAUAAUGGUGCCCCGUACAGCAUUCCCUCAGACAACCCAUUUCUGGACGAGAAGGAGGCACGGCCGGAGGUUUAUGCCUAUGGAGUUCGCAACAUGUGGCGUUGCUCCAUUGACCGCGGUGACCCCGUUACCACUGAAGGCAGAGGCAGGAUGCUUUGUGGUGAUGUGGGCCAGAACAAAUACGAAGAGGUAGACCUCAUUGUUAAAGGAGGAAAUUACGGAUGGAGAGCCAAAGAAGGAUUCAGCUGCUAUGAUCGUAAACUCUGUCAAAACUCAUCCCUCGACGAUGUCUUGCCAAUCUUUGCCUAUCCACACAAGCUGGGCAAGUCUGUGACAGGAGGAUACAUCUACAGAGGCUGUCAGAUGCCCAACCUUAACGGACUCUACAUCUUUGGGGAUUUCAUGAGCGGGCGUCUGAUGUCUCUUAGGGAGAACGUUACCACAGGUGAAUGGCAGUACAAUGAAAUCUGCAUGGGAAGAGACCAGACCUGCAGAUUCCCCAAACUUAUCAACAGUUACUAUAAAUACAUCAUCUCUUUUGCUGAAGAUGAAGCAGGUGAGCUGUAUUUCUUAGCCACAGGAGUCCCUAGUGCGACAGCAAGAGGUGGCGUUAUCUACAAGAUAGUGGACCCUUCCAGGAGAGCACCACCAGGAAAAUGUAGCAUCAAGCCUUCACCUGUUAAGAUAAAAGGAAAACUAAUUCAUUUCCACCCAAAAGAAGAGUAUGUAAUCAACAAGAAACCAACCACCACAGCUGUUCCUACUACAACGACCACUACAAAACCUACAACAACUAAAAAGAAGACAAGAAUAGUAAUAAAAAAACCUCCAAUGCCAACAAGAAAAAAACCAAAGCCACCGCCAACAACAGCAGCAACAAGAAAAACAACAAGAAAGACAACGUUACCAACAACAACACCGGCUCUCAAAACCACAACAAAAUCAGCCUCGACCACAACAGUAAAGCCAAGAACUGUCCAGAUGGCAGCAACAACUCCUGCCACAACCUCGUCCACUGGUUAUCACACAACCUCCACGACUGCAGACUCAUCUAGGAUUGCAAAAACCCCAACCAUCACCACACCUUCAACAGGGAGACAUGGGAGACCCCUUCAGUACCCCCCUAGCACCACCUCACAGUAUUUCAAACCACAACUCCUUACUACUCCAUCCACAAAAUUGCUGAAGCAGCCCCACAUGACUUUAAUCUCUACACCCUAUCCAAAAGCUCCUGACCAUAGGAUGACCGCAGCAUGGCCGCCGUACUUCAGCCAGACGCCCCUUGUACCAUCCUACAGGCCCCAGAGACCACUAAUCAACACUACGCUGUUUAAAACACAGGAGGAAAAGCUGUGGCUUGGCGAGAAGCUGGAAAGUGAAGGAGAGGGCAACCAAGUGUUUAAGAGGCCGAGAGGACGAGGUAGAGGUCAAGGUUACAAGAAAGCAAGAGGAGGUUGGAGGCUGCGGGUUGGCUCAGUGCGACUUGUAAGCGCCGAAGGUUUGCCAGAUCGAGGCAGAGUGGAGAUUUUCAUCCGUGGCCAGUGGGGUACAGUGUGCGAUGACCUUUUCACCAUCAAGUCAGGUAGUGUCGUGUGUCGUCAGCUUGGAUUCUCGACUGCCCUGGCAGUGAUGAAGAGGGCUGUCCUGGGGGAGGCGGACGACAGUGUUAGGAUAUUCUUGGAUGAUGUGGAGUGUGAGGGUGAGGAGAGAUCACUGCUCGAGUGCAAGAGGUCCAGGGUUGGAAAACACAACUGCUCACAUGCGGAAGAUGUAGGGGUGAUCUGUGGUUAGCAAAGAGUUGGUUAAAAGAAAAGGAAAAGCAUUGGGAGAACUGGAAAAAAUGGAAAAAAUAUAUGGUACUAUCACAUACAGACAGUGAAUGUAUGAAUGAUUAUUAGAUCCCACACAUUUUUUUAAGGAUGAUUUUUAAUGAAUUGCAAUUUUCAGAAUUUGUAUUAUCCUGCUUUUGCAUUUCUGCACGUUACCUUAAAACGGCUCUAUUUGCAUCUUGGAGAGAAGUGGAAAAGAAGAGCAUGCAUCCAACUUUUCACUGGCUUUGUGUGAUCUAUAUGCAAGUAGCUCCUUCUAAACUCACUCAAUCCACAGUUGUAAAGAUAAUAAUCAGUUACAAGUUGAAACAAUGAUGAUUAUAGUAAACAGCAACAUAGUAUCUAAACCAUAAUUACAUAAACACAGUGGUUACCGCUCACAAAAGGGACUCUUUCUUAACCCCUUGUGAGUAUUGUGCUUAGAAAAAGUGGGAAAAAAUGAACAUUUUUAAAUUCAUUUUGGUACUCAACAGUUAAUGGUUUCAUAAUGUUCAUGAUGCAAAUCAAGCUAAAAACUGGUCUAAGUGGAUUGAAUGAGUUUUGGAGGUGCCUUGACAUUUAAAGAAAAAAAAAAUCCUGCUAAAACACACAAACAUUUUUUAAAUGCAUAAUUUUACUAGAUUUAUUUUCUGAGGCAGAUUUUAAAUAAUUUGCACAUGGAAACAUGUUGAAUGUAGUUUUAAGAUGAAAAAAAUAUCUUUAACCAGGAAAUGCUGGACAUUCUGCGCAAUGAAUGUAAUGUUUCCAGGUUUACAUAAAGAGAUGUUAAAGGCACA